AAACACACACUUCUCAAUAAAGAAAGAAGCAUCAAAACUAUUUUUAAUUCAUCAUCAUAUUUCUCUCCAUCACCUCCACUAUAUUCAUUUAUUUAUGCAUAUAAAUAUGAUCUGAUAUUUUCUUCCUUCAUUUUCUUGAAGCUAUAUAUAUAUAUAUAUAUAUACAAAAUCAAUCCAACUUUCCAUCACCACACCUUUCCUGGGAUUUUUUUUUAUACAUUUAUAAAUGGAUCUUUCCCCCAAUCUGCAGAACAAGGAAAGCAAAAACUUGAUUUUAUCCAGUGAUCCAAAGCCAAGGCUAAAAUGGACUCCAGAGCUUCACCAGCUCUUUGUUGCUGCUGUAGCUCAGCUUGGAGGUGCAGAGAAGGCAACGCCCAAAGGACUGAUGAGAGUGAUGAACAUUCAUGGCCUUACCUUAUACCAUCUCAAGAGCCAUUUGCAGAAAUUUCGGCUAGGGAAAAGCCAACAAUUGCAGUCGUCCUGCAAUGACAAAAACCAAAGUCAAGAUUAUCAGCAAUCUCUGAGCCAGGAAGGCCAGUCACGUUCAGAGAGCUCUGAUGGAGCCCAGCAUCAGAUGAAUGAAAGCAUGAAGAUCGCUGAAGCAUUGCAGAUGCAAAUGGAAGUGCAGAAAAAACUGCAGGAACAAAUUAAGGUGCAGAGACAACUGCAAAUGAGAAUUGAGGCUCAAGGGAAGUAUCUCCAGACAGUUAUGAAGAAGGCACAUGAAGCACUUUCCAAAUAUACCCCUUCUUCUUCAUCUCAAGCAGAGCUCUCUUCCUUGACAGAAUUGGGAUGCGUUGGGUGUUCGCAAGAGAGCUCCCUCACCUCAUCGGAGAGCUCGGGGAAUCACUUGGCUGAGCUUCUUCCAUUGAUGGAAAUGCAGCCAGGGCAGAAGAGGAACAGAAGCAUGGUUUCCUCUGUUGAUGCUGAUAACACCUGUCUUGAAAAAACCUCUCUCCCUAAAAGGAUGGGAUUCUUGGAAAACAUUGAUUUGAAUGUCAGGUGUGUUAAGGACUUUGAUACUUGAAAAAAAAUAUGGACAUGUUUGGGUAUAUUUGAUGGUUAGAAUUAGUGGCUAGGGAAUGUAAGCAGAAGCAACUGGCCCUUGUUGCUAGUGAUAAUGUUUGUUUUGAUAUUUAAAACUCCUAACUUUUUCCUAAUAGUAUUACAUUAACUCUUGAUUCUCUUUAGUCCAAAUUCAUUGGUAGAUAAACUACAUUAUACUAA